CUCCUCGGGAACAUUCGGAAGCACAGGUUGACAUGUCCGCCGGCUGGUGUGGCAAGACAUCCGACAAGCAAGCCCUACCAUGCGGGAUCCGCAGUCGUCACCCUGCUAGAAAAUGUCCACAUCCACACAUCCCUUAUGGUAUAGCUUGGUCACUCCUGACAGAGACAUUCCUUCAUCAAGCUGACCAUUCCACACCGACUAUCAAAAAUGGCCCCCCCGACUCGCCUUGCCCAGCUCAGCGACCAACUAAGCCAACAACCCCCAUCCAGAACCACAAUGACCACCACCCCGCAGACCCUCAAAGACAAAGUCGCCAUCAUCAGCGGCUCCUCCUCCGGGAUCGGCGCCGCCAUCGCCCGCGAGCUCUCCGCGCGGGGCGCCAGCGUGGUCAUCAACUACCCCUUCCCCAGCCUGAAACCUCAGGCCGACAGUGUGAUCGCCUCAUUGCCGUCGCCCGCCAUCGCCGUCGAAGCCGACAUGUCCACCGCCUCCGGUCCGGGCCAACUGGUCUCCGCCACCAUGGCCAAAUGGGGCCGGCUGGACAUCGUGGUGAACAGCGUCGCAGUGGCGGUCAACAAGCCGCUGGAGGAGCAGACCCUCGACGACUGGGACGCGCUGGUGAACCUCAACGGACGGGGGACCUUUCUCCUCACGCAGGCGAGCCUGGCGCAUCUGACGAGAGGCGAAGGGCGGAUCGUCAAUAUCUGCAGUCUCAGUGCGCGGGCGCCGCCGCCAAAUCAGACCAUCUAUGCCGGCACCAAGGGGAUGGUGGAUUCUUUUACGAGGUGUUGGGCAAAGGAGCUCCCCCCUAAGUAUGGCUGUACGGUCAACGCCGUCAGCCCCGGGCCGACGAGGACGGAGGGGUUCGCUGCGGCGGGCGAGGAGCAGAUGAAGAUUCUACAGCCGAUCAUCGACCAGACGCCUGUGGGGCCGAGGAUGGCGCAGCCGGAGGAGAUUGCCUGGGCGGUGGGGUUUCUGUGCGAGGAGCGGUCACGGUGGAUCAAUGGGGUGCAUUUGGUGGCUUCGGGGGGAUUGUUUGUGGAUUGAUUGGGGGUUGCAGAGUGCUUUCGAAGUUACUGGUGGGGCUAUUCAAG